AAUGGUACUAGCCCAAGAUGGCGGAAAAAAGGAAGCCAGCCUCCGCUGAGGAGAAGAUGCCGGAGUCAAACCGCGACUUUCUCGAAAAGACAGCAGUUCGCGGCCUACUGAGAGGUGCAAUAUCCAAGCUGAUAGAAAAUCGACCAGAGGACCCAAUAGCAUUCCUGGCAGAGUAUUUUGACUCAGCAGACAACAAGCCAGGCAGCAACAAAGUAGCCAAGGCACACCAGGAGCUACUGCUGACCCACCACAGUCGGCCUGCCUUCGAGUCCAACAUGAUGCUGGCCUAUCAGAUCCUCAGUGCACCAAAAAAUGCAAAAAGCAAAGCUGGUCUGAAGGGUGAUCUAUUUACAGAGCUGCUUACGAAGAUCCUCAGGGAGGUGCCCAGUGAGAUGUCAGAGCUACUGCUGAAGAAACUCCUCUGCUAUGAGAACGAGGUCAUCCCAUAUGACAUCUUCCACUCUGGGGUCAUGACCUGCUUCAUUUUCUUAGACUUCUAUGCAGAGGCAGAUGGGCUGUUUACUGUUCUGGACACUUCACACAAAAAGGAAGUUGACAAGGAGCUGUGUGACACGGUGUUGAACCAGCUCAAUUCUGCCAUGAAUGUCACUAAGGAUGACCCUAAAAGUGUCCUGGAAGGGGCUUCAAAACUCAGACCAGAUGCUCUGGCUAUUGCCUUGGAUAAUGCUUUUGGCAGUGUAGUUUAUGAUGAAACCAUGGCUAGAGAAGACUUUGUCUCGACUGCAGUGGUGAUGUUCAUUGCCAAGGUGAAACCACUGAGAUAGUUUGAUUCAACAAGUUACAACUCCAUUGUGGUCCAUGACUGCCAGUGUCUGCACACCUAAAGUGCUGAAAUCACGUCAAGAUUCCUCAAGACAGCCAUGAAGACAUCUGAGAACUCUACUCCCGUCUUCGACAACACAUCUACCUUUACUUUUGGGAGGACCUAAGUCUCUUUGGUGCUUUGAGAGUAAAGCUGCAAAGAGUAUCACAGCAGACAUCAUGUCUGAGAAGACACCAUGCUAUGAUAGAUUUUAAAAAAUAGCAAUAAUAAAAGAAAGGAAAUAGAAUUAGUACAAGUCUAAUCUGCAAAGGAAUUGUGUUUACAUUUCAAAGUUUAUUGCAAAUUCAUGCCCGAGGGCUAACUGCAAGAAUGUGAUAACAAAAUAAACAUUAAAAAUUGUAAUGUAUGUCCUCCUAAUAACUUUCACUUGCCUGUAGGCAAUGAUGUGUUUAAUAUUUUUGUUUCUUACUGAAAUAACAGUAGUAGAACUCUUACUUGCACAGUGGCAAAUAUGUUCUCAAGAUGUGUGUACAAUAAAUUAUGUUUUUGCAGCUAGUGCUGGUUGUUUGCUAUGUCACAUAGUGUACAUAUGGUGCAGUUAUUGCACAUAAUAGGUAAAAUCCAAUGGUUGGUUGAAAUCUAGAUCUGUACUAGAUACUAUUAGACUAGCCCUGCACAUGCAUGUAAAUUGUAAAUUAUAUUACAGUUACAAGUUGGUUGUAUUGGCUGCUCGAAGGCUUAUGUUUGUACAUUUUGCUGUGUUGUGAAAUAUGGAGGUCUAUUAAAAACUAUUUUUCUACUGAAAUGCAGAACAAGGAGUUUGAGUUUUUGAAUUUGAUUGAUUAUAAUAUUUCUUUAUGACAUAAGAUUGUACAAUAUGGAAUUAAUGUACUAGUAUUGUAAGAUUUGAUAUGAACAAAGGAGUGUUGUGUGCAACUUCUUUUCA